ACACCACGUGACCACGUCGUGUGGUGUCGUCACAGGCUCCGCUCGAGACCAGUUGUUCAGUUGAUCAGUCCAGAGACCAGGAGGAGGAGGAGGUAUACUUAAUGUCGGCUGUCACUCUGAAAUAUACACAUUAAAGAUUGUUCUAGUAGCACAGUGAGCCAUCGCCCACAUCAUGUCCCAGGACAAGAGUGGAUACCCUGUUAUGGGUGAGAACAACCCACUUCACAACAGCGUCUAUGGACCCCCUCAGCCAGGUUUUGGCAUGCCCCCACCAAACUACAGCCAAGCCCCAGCGGGACCGUACCCUCCAGCAACCGGCUACGGACAACCAGGCUUCCCCCAGGCAGGCCCAGGUUUUGCCCCUGGUCCCUACCCUCAGAUGCCUUACCCUCAGAUGCCCUACCCACAAGGGCCCUACACUCAGGGGCCUUAUCAGCAAGGACAAGCACAGCCAGGCUUUCCCGAUGACCCAACGGCUCCUACCGUCAGUCCUGGUUACCAUAGUGAUGGGCCUCCCUCUUACUACGACAAUGAGGAGUUCACCAACUCUGGCUUUGAGGACAAGACCAUCAGACAAGCCUUCAUUAGAAAAGUCUUCAUGGUUCUCACAGUGCAGCUGAUGGUCACUUUCUCGUUUGUUGCCAUCUUCACCUUUGUCGACGAGGCCAAGUACUUUGUCCGGCGCAAUCCAUGGACAUACUAUGUGUCCUAUGCAGUCUUCUUUGUUUCUCUGAUCGUCCUCAGCUGUUGUGGAGAAUUCCGCCGCAAGCACCCCUGGAACUUGGUUGCCCUGUCCAUCCUGACCCUGAGUCUCUCCUACAUGGUGGGCAUGAUUGCCAGCUUCUAUGACACAGAGACUGUCAUCAUGGCCGUGGGCAUCACUGCAGUGGUCUGCUUCACUGUCGUGCUCUUCUCACUACAGAGCAAGUAUGACUUCACUUCCUGUCGGGGCGUGCUGUUUGUUUGCCUGAUCGUGCUGUUGCUCUUCUCCUUUCUCUGCAUCUUCAUCCGCCAUAGGAUCCUACACAUCGUUUAUGCCUCACUGGGCGCCCUGCUCUUCACCUGCUUUUUGGCUGUGGACACUCAGCUUCUCCUGGGCAACAAGAAGCUGUCUCUGAGUCCAGAGGAGUACAUUUUUGCUGCCCUCAACCUCUACACUGACAUCAUCAACAUUUUCCUCUACAUCCUGGCUCUUGUGGGACGCUCCCGUGAAUGAGGCUGCACCUUAAAGAGAAUAAGAGGGAGACAGAGAUAAUCCCGUUAUUGUGAAAUGUUGCUAACAUGCUCCCUAACUCCUUUAACUUUUGCUUCACUUUUUCCCAUGGUACUCUUCAUUUCCUCUUCGAUCACACAUACACUUCUUUAAACAGGCAGUUGUGCUGUGGAACAGAUGCAACCUGUCAUAUAAUCCGACUGAGAGGGACACUAUUUAUUUUAAACAAAUCUAUGAUCGGUCUUUUCCUCAGUUUGACCACUUUGCUUGCUGUAACUGUGCUUCUACUAACACAGAUGGCAACGUUAGUUUGGCUCAUACAUGUUAUCCUAUGAAUGCGUGGCACUCAGCUUUGCCUUGCUGCAGAGAUUAAACUGAAAAAGAGCGGGGAGGUAUUCACAGUGCCGAAUAUUGAUGCAAACCAGUUUUUCCUGAGAAGAAGUUAAUGCUAGAAAUUCCUGUUUUCCCAAACGUAUCUCACCUUUUGAGCCCGCUGGUGUGAAGUAACUCUGCAUGGCAACAUUGGAAACACAACUAAAGGUGUGUUAUGGUUCUUUAGAGCUACCAGAGGAAUACCUCUAUCACAGCUGUAAAUAGUUAAGUGUAUAACUGUAUAUGAUACCUCAAACCCCUCCCACCUCGGAUGUGUUGCUUUUUGGGGAAAUGUGCCCUGAUAUUAGGACUGUACUGGGUAAGUACCCAGUACAGUAACUCAAAUAUUGUAUUGGCAAAAGAAUGAAGAUCAGUGUUGGAUGUGAUUAACAUGAACAUGAAUUAUUAUUUAUAAACUAUAUAUUCUUACGGAAUGUCUUUUCAUGUUUUGAAAUUAAUUAUAUGAUUCCAAACUGAAAUGUCACUUGUUUGCUCUCAUCUGGUCAUUAACAUGAAGUGAAAAUGUAGCGCUCUAUACGUUUUUUCUCAUUACAACUAAUGUGAACUAAAGUUGAAGUAUUGGAAUUUCUGCCCACUUCCAUACCAAGCUGAUCCAAGUUUCAGAACUUCUGAGUUUUAACACCAUUAUAGAUGGACGACUGACUUAUAACGUAUCUAUUUAUUGAGCUUGAUGUAGAUAACAGGGUUGCUUUAAGGUUGCUUUUAAGAUGGUGUUGAGGAAGACACCUGCUUAUGCUGUUGUUUGGAAAAAUGUACAAGGACUUUGUUACUUGACGUGAUUGUGAAACCACCAUAUACUGGUUAUACUCAAAAGCUAAAGGAAUCAACAGGCACUGGAAGCCAAAAUGCACGUAAACACACACAACUUGAGAGAUAUAUUUAACAUGAACAUUUUUUAUUUUGUAACUUCAGUUUUGAUUUUACACCUCUUGCAUGGCCCUCUCCUCUCAUUUGCAUGUGUUGAUAAUGCACACUAUACAGGUAUUCCUGUUUUGGAGAGACACAGUGUUGUUUGGCAGCCCUUUUUUUAACUCUUGUGUUUGUAUCUAACUGAUGUGUAAGUGUACAUAGAACUCCUUAGUGGUUUGAUGUGUAUAGGUAAAGUAAUUUCAGGGCUUUGUAGGUCUGUUGGCACUGUAUAUUUGCAUUAAAUCAAAGUGGAACCACA